GCAUUGUGAUAACUAACAAUGGAUAACCUUGAAUUUAAUUUAAUUUUUGUGCAGUCAUUAUUAUGUUAAUUCUCUGAUCAUGCAUUGCCACGAAACAAGGCAACAAAUUAAUGUUUGUUUACAAUAAUGAUGCGUUCACGCAAUGCGACCGAUAAUAAUUCCGAAUUACACUCCUCUUCAACUUCAACACCACCUCCUGACGACGGAAACACUGGCCGAGGCGGCGGCGGCGUACCAACAACAGCAACGAUGAGGCAGAGUAGCAAAGCUCGGGGUAGCCUUGGCGCGAUAUACCUACAAAUAGCUCUAACUGUAGCAUCGUACUGGUUUAUUUCCAUAUCCCUUGUGUUUCUGAAUAAAUACUUACUUAGCAGUGAGGAUCUUAAGUUGAGUGCACCGAUCUUUGUCACCUGCUACCAAUGCAUCGUAACAGUGCUACUCUGUGUCUUACUGAGCAUUCUGGGACAUAUAUUUCCUGGUGUCAUUGAGUUCCCAAAGUUAAAGUUUGAUUACCGUGUGACUAGAGAGGUUUUGCCUCUGUCGUUCGUUUUUGUUGGUAUGAUAAUGUUUAACAACCUUUGUUUGAAGUAUGUUGGUGUUGCAUUUUAUAACGUUGGAAGAUCCCUUACAACUGUCUUCAAUGUGGUGAUGUCAUACAUAAUUUUAAAGCAAACUACUUCAAAGUCAGCAUUGAUCUGUUGCAUAGUGAUCAUCAGCGGCUUUAUAUUGGGUGUCGACCAAGAGGGAAUAACAGGUGUUCUCAAUUACAAAGGAGUGUUUUAUGGUAUCCUUGCCAGUCUGUGCGUUUCACUUAAUGCCAUCUAUACUAAAAAGGUUCUACCAAGCGUUGACAACAACAUCUGGCGUCUCAUGUACUACAAUAACAUCAAUGCCGUGGUCAUGUUUAUCCCAGUGUUAAUAUUUUCUGGUGAAAUUCAAGAAAUAUUAAAUUUUAACCAAUUUUAUAGCGGUACAUUCUGGCUGAUAAUGACAAUAACAGGGGUUUUUGGAUUUGGAAUAGGCUUCAUUAGCGGACUACAGAUUCAAGUGACAAGCCCUCUGACGCAUAAUAUUAGUGGGACUGCUAAAGCAUGUGCACAGACAAUUCUCGCAAUUAUGUAUUUUCACGAUAUUAAGACAACUUUGUGGUGGAUGAGUAAUGUAUUGGUUCUAGGUGGGUCAUUUUCUUAUACAAUUGUGAGGCGGAAUGAAAUGAAGAAAGCACACGAUACAAAUGCAAGAGUAGAAGAGGAUAAAAAAGAACCUCUACUAGGAAAACCUGAACCAAGUGGUUAUAAAGUUUAAUAAUAUACUCUUCUUCUGAAAUUACUACGUAGUUAGUGUGUAUGAUCUUGCUUACAGUGUGGUAGAAGGAUUUGCAGGUAUGUAUACCUGACGUGGGCCACAACGUAAACGCUCCUUCUUUGGCUGGACAGGGGGCUGAAAUGGACCAGUACACCGGGAAAACGGUUUAGUCCUUAUCCGAGAAUGAGAGCUACUUCAAAAACCUUUUUUAUAUAAUUAAUGAAGCUGUAUAUUACAUAAUGCAAAGUAAGAUCCAUGCAAAAUUUACCAUAUUAUUCUACAGUAUUUCAAUAACAGACUAAUAUUUUUAAAUACUUAUUGCAUCAAAACUAUGAAUUCUCUUGUACUGCAUUAUAAAUUUCUGACAAUAGAAACAGUCACGAAGACACUGUUGUAUUAUCUACAUUAAUUAAAAUUUCAAGUAUGGGCAUAGGCUGGGGGGGGGGGGGGAGAUGUGCAGUGUUGAAACCAGCCUACAUCUAAACAUAUUAGGCGCCUCGAUUGGCUGAGCGUUUAAGACAGGUUAAUAUUAUUCAAAUGUCAGCUUACCAAUCAGUGAUUAAGAGCUCAGCCUAUGUACAUUUCAUCAGCCAGGAUGAAUUCACGGUGAGGAUUGAUUUGUAAAAAAAAAAAUAAAAUUGAUAUGUAUAGUAGAGAGGAUGUGAUUCCUGCCCUCAACCAUAAUUCCAUGCUGGCUAUAUACCUUUGUCUACAUCUCUAGGAGUAUGGGUACUGUACCUGGGCAGAAUAAUAAUGUGUGAUGUUUAAUUGUAUUGGCUGCAUGAUGAUUAUUCAGGGUAUACGCUAACUAUUCACAGUACAUAUGCUAACUAUUCAAUCUUUAUUGUCAAACACAGUAAAAUAUACAGUUUGAAAUUCUG